UUCUCUCUCUAAAAACAAAAACAAAUGUCUUCCUCAAGCGGCGCCGCCCAGAAGAAGAUCGUCGUGAAGAGCUCCGACGGGGAUAUUUUCGAGAUGGAUGAGGCGGUUGCUUCAAAUUCUCUCACUAUCAAAAACAUGAUUGAGGAUGGCUGCGCCGACGACGUCAUCCCACUGCCGAACGUCAAUACCCCGAUUCUGGCCAUGAUUAUCCAAUACUGCAAGCACCACACCGAAGCCGCCGCCGAUAAAGGCGCGGCGGCGGCCGCCAAGAAGGUCUCCGAAGAUUCUCUGAUCGAUUUUGAUACCGAAUUCAUGGACGUCGAACAGUGCACCCGAUUUGACCUGCUGUUGGCAGCAAAUUACUUAAACAUCAAGAGCUUGAUGGAUCUGAUUUGUGAAACUGUAGCGGGCACGAUGAAGGGGAAGUCGCCGGUUGAACUUCGCGAAAUGUUCAACAUCGAAAACGACUUUACUCCGGAGGAGGAAGAGAAAUUUCGCAAGGAUCGUGAUUGGAAAUUUGAGAAUAAUUGAUGAAAUUUUAUUUUUUCUUUUUUUUAAAUCUCAGGAUUAACAAAUUUCGUAAUUCAUUUCGUUUAAUUUGUUGAGAUUCCUUUGGUAGAUAUGUCAAUUUCGUUUAAUUUGUUGAGAUUCCUUUGGUAGAUAUGUCAAUUUCGUUUAA